GCGGAGUGCCCGCUUUCCCUAUGUCCCUCUUGCUCUCUCUCUCUCUCUCCUUUCCUCCCGUCCCUUCCUGCCGGCCUCCGAGCAGAGGAUGUGUUUGGGAGUGUGAGAGAGGAAGGUUGGCGUUGAAGUGGUGAGCAGGCCCUCCGGGCAGGGCAGUGUCUUAGAGGCGGAACGGUGGACGGUUGAACAAUAAGGCUAAAUGUCAGACGGAGACAGGAAUGGCUGUGACAAUCAUGAAGAUACCCCUGUCCCAGUGGAGGUGUGGCCUGAGCUGGAGAGAGCCGAGUGUUUGGCUCGGGGUGCUGCGCUGAAAUGGGCCUCAGGUGUCUUUUGUCGGCCAGAGCAUCUGGAAAGACUUGGACAAUACAGGAAAAGGGAAAGUCAACGGACUGCUUCGAUUCAUUCUAGAUUGAAGUCAGUUGUACAGUCGUAUCUGGAAGGUGUUGACUGGGGUCUUGGUCAACUGCGGGAGGCACGAGAGGAGCUGAGCGAAGCAUCUCAUGACUUGCACAAGGCAAAACUGGAGUCCAGGAAAAAUUCUGAAGAGGUCACUGUACUAGAGACGCUUCAGGAAAUGUCCAUCAGUCACCGCCAGCUCCUUGCUGCCGUGAGCAACUUGCCACGCCUCUAUAAAGUGCAGAGUAUGGUGCUCGAGACAGAGAGGCUGGUGGAGUCUCGGAGGCUCUUGGAGGCUCAUGCUCGCCUAAUGGAACUAGAGCGCUGGCAGGAUGAGGUGCUGCUACAGCUCCAGGGACCCAGGGAAACAUUCGGAACGGGACUAACCUCUGAGGAUAAAGAGCUGGUGCGGAAUUAUUUCUCAGGUGUUGGACGCAUGGUGGACGCCCUUGCCAAGGAGCUUUGGGCAGUGGUGGGGAGCGGGUUGUCACUCUCUCGUCAAAACCCCACUCCUUUUGUGUCAGCUGUGCGUAUAGUGGAGCGCGAAGAAGUGUUAGAUGAAUUCUUUCUGGAGGAGCGAAGGUCAGCAUCAGGAAACAGCAGACCCAUGCCCCCUGGAAGACCAAGAUGCUGGAGAGAACGCUUUUUCAAGGUGCUGGAGGAGGCAGCAUCAGCCCGUUUCCGUAGCAUUUCCUACUUGCACACCCGAGGGCCAGGGCUUGCUAGUCACUUGUCUGCACUACAGCAUGGCAUUAUGGGAGAUCUCACAACAGUGCGCCAUCUUUUGGAACAGUGUGUUCCACCUCACUAUCGUCUAACGAGAGCUUACCUGCGCUCCUGCCACCAGUUCCUGCAGGCACAUCUUGGGCUUGUCAGUGGAUGGGAGCUGGAAAGCGGGGAAAUCUUCGCUGUUCUUAACUGGGUUUUGCAUAUUUACACCAGCUCAGAGAUGAUGGGUGAUCCAGAUCUUGUGCCUGAGCUAGACAUCAAGGACCUAGGACCUCUCAUAUCUCAGGAAGGUCUCGAGCAGCUUCAGAAUAAAUACGUCCAAAAAGUUCGAAAGAGUGUCUCAGAAUGGAUGCACAAGGCUCUAGAGGUGGAACUGACAGACUGGCAGAGGGACCAGGAACCUGACAUUGACCAUGAGGGCUGCUUUCACACCAGUUUUCCAACCAUUAUAACUCAGAUGCUAGAGGAAAAUGCACGAGUGGCCGUAAUGAUAAGUGAAGCUCUGCGGAAUCAGACAAUCCAAAUGGGUCUUUAUGAGAUGGAUAACCUCCUUAGCCGAUUUCGAGAUGCAAUCAUUGAAUUUGGAAAGGAGCAUCACAAGGAUCCCACGACAAACAGUAACAAGUUCUACCUCCACUAUCUGCUGGCCUGCAUCAGCAACUGCAUCAUCCUCAAAACCUCCACUGAAAGUCUGCAGCAGCAGUUGUGUUCCUUCCCUUCAAACCGGAUGUCACGUAUCCCACCUGGGCCUCUGGCAGGCCUGGACCGUGCUGUGAGAAAGGCUUGUCGCCUAGUCAUGGACCAUCUACUGUCUGAGUUGCAGCCGCACUUACAAGGGCUCCUGUCUCGUGCCUGGCUGGACCAGGAUGAUGCAACCCGAGAAAUGUGUGGGGUUCUGGAAAAUCACUGUGAACUGUACAACAGGGUGCAUCAGCCUUGUCGACAGAGACUAAAGGAAGAAUGUCAGUGGCUAACUGUUGUUGAGUAUAUACGUGCACUGAUGCAGAAGAGACUUGUCUGCCGAAGCGACGAUGAGCGAAGCCAACUGGCCCAACGCUUAGCACAGGAUGCUCAGCAGCUACGAGAGCACUUUCAGACCACGGAGAUUGACGGAACAACAGGUGAAGUAACUACCACCGCUUUGAUACUUGCACUGGCUGACUUAUUGAAUGUGAAAGAUCCAGGGAUGCUGACACUGGAAAUUUCUGGAUUGGUAACCAAGUACCCUGAUAUUAGCGAGGAGCAUGUCUCUGUGCUGUUGGACAUAAGAGGGGACGUCUCCAAAGAUGUUCGGGUGUCUGUACUACAUUUCCUAGAGCAGAGUGCCCCACCUUUACCAUCAGGAUACCGCCCAAUCUUCACAGAAAUACUUGUGCCCUCUUCUAAGACACAGUUUUGUCUGCCUACUGCAAAGUGUACUUGACAAGCAUUCAGAGAAAUUGCCAAUUGCAUCCGUCUUGGUGAACAGGACAAUGACCAUCAAUUCCUAAGUACUCAAUGCAACAGCCUUUUUAUUUUCUGCUGUUACGUUAUGUCCUGUGCCUUAUAUUAGUAAACUAUACUGUACCAAAAUAUUUACAUUUAUGGACUUGGGCCAAAUCCUUUCUUACAAAACAUCUACAAGUAAGUAAUCAAAAUGUGUGCCUCAAAUGUAAAAGUAAACCAAACCAAACAACUGAAGAAGUAAGCUUAUUCAAAAAGCAUUAAUGUUUUGAUUAUAUUUGUGCAAAAAUAAGUGGUAUGUCCAAUGUAUAGUACUUUGUCUUUUGGCGGGGGCUUGACAGUGUUAAUCAUCAUGUACUUUCAAUGUAUGGAAAACAGCAAAUGUUCUACUUUUCAAGUAAGUUGUCCCUUUCUUGGGAGAAUAUUGCAAAUAAUUGUAAUGUAAGAAAUGGAAUGUAUUGCAAUGUUACAGUAUUGUUACCAAACAUAACAGGCCCAAUGAUAUUUUGCUGGAUCUCUAUGUAUGACUCUUCAGAACUUGUAUAUUGUGCUGCACUAUGUAUAUUGUGGUUGACUAUUAUUAGACAAUAAAAUAAUGCAUUUUAAUAAAAAAGU